AUGGAUUCCUCCACUGGAAACACCUCAAACACACCACAAACCGAAUCCCUUUCCCAAUCCGAGCCCAAUUCAAAUACCGAUUCGAAUCAUGCAAACCCCAAUUCCGAUUCCGACACUGAAGUUGCCGAGAAUGCUGUCGUCCCUGCAAUUGGCACAGACCAACCAUCUUCUGCAACAGCUCCAUCUACGAUGACAUCGUCACGACCACCAAAACCGAAAAAGAGAGCGAGGACGAAUACAUCCACAGGGUCGAGGGAACGUUCAAUGGUAUGGGAGCACUAUGAGAAGAUUGAUAAACCUCUCUAUGAGUUCAAAGAUGGAAAGAAGGUCCAGGUUGGGACUACCAAGCGCGCCAAAUGCAGGUAUUGCUCCACAGACCUUGCCUGUAAUUCAUACGAUAAUGGUACCAGUAGUUUAAAGAGGCAUAUAGAGGUUGUGUGUAAAAAAUAUCCUGGUAGGAUAGACCUGGAGGAGUUUCAGCAAGUGUUUGUAGCUGGUGGGAAGUUGAAUGAACCUUCCUUAACUAUGAGGGCAUUUAGUCAAGAUGCUUGCCUAAGAGCUUGUGUUGAGAUGAUAGUAAUAGACGAGCUGCCAUUUAGUCACCCGGAGAAGGAAGGGUUUCAAAGAUUUUGUAAAGUUGCUUGUCCUAGGUUCAAGGUUCCUUCUAGAAGAUUAGUUGUAAGCACAUUUUGGAAAUUGUAUGAUGUUGAGAAGCUUAAAUUGAAGCAGGAGCUAGCUAGCCACUGUGUUAAUUUAACCACCGAUACGUGGACAUCGGUGCAAAACAUAAAUUACAUGGUGGUUACGGCUCAUUUCAUAGAUGGUGGCUGGAAUUUACACAAAAGGAUUCUUAACUUUUGUGUAAUUUCUAAUCAUCAAGGGAACACCAUAGGCAAGCUGUUGGAAACAUGCUUACUUGAUUGGGGAAUCGAGAGAGUGUUGACUGUUUCGGUGGAUAAUGCAUCCGCAAAUAAAGUUGCUAUAGAGUACAUUAGGAAAAAGAUGCUGACUUGGAAAAAAAAGCCUGUUUUAGAAGGGUUAAGAAUGAUGGAUAAAUCUGUGGCUUCGAUUAGAAACGCAGUUCGUUAUGUUAGGAGUUCGUCUGCAAGGCUUGAUGUUUUUAAGCAAUGUGUUAUCAACGAACAAUUGGAUUGCAAGAAGGUGUGCAUAUUGGAUGUGCCAACUCGGUGGAAUUCCACCUUCUUAAUGUUGGAUGUAGCCCUUGAGCUUCGGAAAGCGUUUGAUCGCAUGGCGGAAGAGGAAGACACGAGAUACACUGGUUAUUUUGAUGAGAAUGAAGUUGAGGAUGAUGAGUGGUUAGAAGUGCCAGAAAUAGAACCUGAAAAAAAGCCAAAAGAGAAGGUGAAAAGGGUAGGGCCACCGGUUGAAAGUGACUGGGAAAGAGCCACUGUUUUUGUGAACUUCCUCAAGGUAUUCUAUGAUGUCACAAUGAGGAUUUCGGCCACUAACAGUCCCACAGCUCAAAAAGCGUUCCACGAUAUCGUGGCAAUUGAAGCUGAGAUCGAUGACUUGUUCGACCGGCCUGAGAUGUGUACUGGAAGCAAUAUAGAAAAGAUCUUGUUUGAGAUGGCAGUGAAGAUGAGGAGCAAGUUUAAAAAAUAUUUUGCAAGCCUCGAUGACAUGAAUCAUUUGCUUUUGGUGGCUUUGGUUUUAGAUCCUCGAUACAAGCUUCGUAAUUUUGAGAGGGUAUGUAGAAUAUGGCUUAAACUUGAUGCUGCAACAAUCAAGCAUCGGUCUGCUGAGCUGAAGGAAUUGGUGGUGAACCUCACGGACUUGUAUUCAUUGUCUUUGGGCACCAAAAGGUCAAGACCAAGUGGCAAUGAGGCUGAGAAAGUUGCAGCAAGUGGUACCGGCAGCUCUAGCACAAGAAGUUCAAGAACCCAAAUGAGUAGGAAGAUGGCUGCCAUGCAAGCUGAUUGGAAACAAGAGUUGGAAGACUCAGAUCAGACUGUAGUUUCACACGAGGUGGAUAGGUACUUGCUAGACCUUAUUGAAGACCCUCCAGAACAUGAAGAUUGGAAGCUUCUUGCAUGGUGGAAAAUGAAUGGUUCUAAGUACCCCAAUCUUGCAUUAGUCGCCAAGGAUGUGCUUGCAAUUCAAGUAAGCACAGUUGCUAGUGAAAGCUGUUUCAGCACAGGGAGGAGGGUAAUUGAUCCAUUCAGGAGUUCCCUAUUAGCUAAAACAGUUGAAGCGUUGAUAUGCUUCCACAAUUGGUUGAGGUCAGAAAGCAUUCAAAGCAUCGAAUAUGUUCCAACACUUGAGGAUAUGAACUUCUAUGAAGAAGUUGAGAGAGACCAUGUGCUUCGAGACACAGCUGAUAGUGGGCAAGCCAAAGCUGCCAAAGGGAAAGGAACGAAAAACCAAGAAGCUGUUGCAGCAAUGAACAACCAAGGAGCUUUGGCAACAAUGAAAAAGGCAGGGAAGGGACUAAAGAUUGCUGGGCCUGGUGGCAGUUCAAAGAGGCCAAGAAAAUGA